AUGUCUGUUUCCAUACAAGAAUUGGACAACACUGUCCGGGCCUUCUACGAGGGCAAAGGGGAUUUGGUGAGGCACCAUAAUGAUUCCGGCCAAUAUGUACGAUUUGCUUCUAGAGCUUGGAUUGCUAACUUCACAAUGCGACUUUCCGUUCAGCAAAAGCAAGCCCAGCAGACUCUAACAGAAUUCAAACAAAACCCGGACGCUUGGUUGAUCGUGGGUAAUAUACUCCAAGAAUCAUCGUAUCUGCAAACAAAGUACCUGGCGCUGCAGGUUCUUGACGAUGUGAUUAUGACCAGAUGGAAAGUUCUACCAAGAGAGCAAUGUCUCGGCAUACGAAAUUUCAUCGUCAACUUCAUUAUCGAAAACUCCAAGUCAGAAGAAAAGCUCAGGAGUGAACGCGCAUUUUUGAAUAAGCUCAACCUGGUCCUCGUUUCUAUCCUGAAGCAAGAGUGGCCUCACAAUUGGCCGACUUUCAUCAAUGAAAUAAUCUCGUCUUGUCAUACGAGUCUCUCUAUCUGCGAAAACAACAUGGCCAUCCUUCGCUUGUUAUCAGAGGAAGUAUUUGACUUCUCGCAGGAUCAGAUGACUUCUAUCAAGGCCAGAAAUCUCAAGACUUCCAUGACACAGGAAUUCUCAUCCAUCUUCCAGUUGUGCUCUGAAGUUUUGAAUACAGCAAACCAGCCGAGUCUGAUCAAAGCCACAUUAGAGACUCUCCUUCGAUUCCUGAAUUGGAUACCCCUGGGAUACAUAUUUGAGACCCCCAUCAUCAACACCCUCUUAACUCGUUUCCUGGACGUUCCCGACUUCCGGAAUGUGACAUUGAAGUGUCUCACCGAGAUUGGGGGACUGCAAAUCGGCAACCCUUACAAUUACGAUGAAAGAUUGGUUCAAAUGUUCACUGAGACAUUGACCAUAGUCUCGAAGACCAUUCCACUCUCCAUGGAUUUAAAACAGACAUACGCCAAAAGCAAUUCGAGGGAUCAGGAGUUCGUCCUCAACUUAGCGCUGUUCCUCUCCAGCUUUUUCAGCGCUCAUCUAAAUCUCAUUGAGAAGUUACCGAAUCGGGACUAUCUCACUCAUGCCCAUUUUUACCUUAUCCGUAUCAGUCAGAUCGACGACAGAGAGGUCUUCAAAAUUUGUCUGGAGUACUGGACGAGACUAGUGCAGGAGCUGUACGAGGAGAUGCAACAACUUCCAAUCACAGAUAUCAAUCCUUUGGUUAGUAUGGGUGUUAGUGGGUUGUCAAACGGAGGGGCACCGCACCCUAGCACCCUUGCCAAUUAUCCCCUUCGCAAGCAUAAGUACGAGGAGGUCCUGUCAAACCUUCGCACUGUGAUGAUCGAGAAAAUGGUCAGGCCAGAAGAAGUCUUGAUUGUUGAAAACGACGAGGGCGAAAUUGUUCGCGAAUUCGUCAAAGAAAGCGACACGAUUCAGCUCUAUAAGACAAUACGGGAAUGUUUGGUCUAUCUGACACAUCUUGACGUCGUUGAUACCGAAAAUAUCAUGAUCGAGAAGUUGGCUAAACAGGAGACGGAGAAGCGCUUCCUUGUCACUGUGAUCAAGGACCUUCUGGGUCUCACGGAAAUGAAGCGAGGAAAAGACAACAAAGCGGUCGUCGCCAGUAACAUUAUGUAUAUUGUAGGGCAGUAUCCGCGUUUCUUGAAGGCCCAUUGGAAAUUCCUGAAGACGGUCGUCAACAAACUGUUUGAAUUUAUGCACGAAACACAUGAAGGUGUCCAAGACAUGGCGUGCGAUACAUUUAUCAAGAUUGCAAACAAGUGCAGACGCCAUUUUGUCGCCCUUCAGCCUGGGGAGAACGAGCCAUUUAUCGAGGAGAUUGUUCGAAACAUGAGAAAGAUCACCUGUGACCUUUCACCACAACAAGUUCACACUUUCUACGAAGCGUGCGGCUAUAUGAUUUCUGCCCAAGGCCAGAAAAGCCUCCAGGAUCGUUUGAUUGAGAACUUGAUGUCCCUUCCCAACUCGGCGUGGGAUGCUAUUAUAGCCCAGGCGAAUCAAGACCCGUCCAUACUCCAGGAUGGAGAAACGAUAAAGAUCAUCGGCAACAUUAUGAAGACGAAUGUUGCAGCAUGUUCCUCGAUUGGCACUUACUUUUAUUCCCAGAUUGGUCGCAUCUACCAUGAUAUGCUGAACAUGUAUCGGGCUUCCAGUCAACUCAUUAACGAUGCUGUUGCGCACGAUGGCAACAUCGCCACCAAGACCCCGAAAGUCCGAGGGCUUCGGACCAUCAAAAAGGAGAUUCUUAAGCUAAUCGAUACCUAUGUGCAGAAAGCUGAUGAUCUGGAGAUGGUCAACGCUAACAUGGUUCCACCUCUUCUGGAGGCUGUUCUGGUGGACUAUAACCGAAAUGUUCCCGACGCGCGGGAAGCAGAGGUGCUGAACGUCAUGACCACAAUCGUUCAUAAAUUACAUAGCCUUAUGGAAGACAAGGUUCCUUUAAUCAUGGAGAGCGUGUUCGAAUGCACCCUCGAGAUGAUCAACAAAGACUUCCACGAGUAUCCAGAGCACCGUGUGCAGUUCUUUAAAUUGCUCCAAGCGAUCAAUCUAUACUGUUUCCCGGCGCUACUCAAACUUGAUGCCACGCAAUUCAAGUUUGUGAUCGACUCUUGCAUGUGGGCCAGUAAACAUGACAAUCGCGAAGUGGAAAAUACCGGCCUUACAAUGUGCCUCGAACUGAUGAAUAAUAUGGCCGAGACCGAUACGCAAACAUCGAGUAUUUUCUUCCGCCAAUUUUUCAUUCCAAUUCUUCAAGACGUCUUCUUUGUCCUUACCGACAGCGAUCACAAAGCAGGGUUCAAAUCUCAAGCAAUGCUACUGUCCCGUAUGUUCUACUUCAUCGAAUCCGGGAAGGUCCAAGAACCCAUCUAUUCCCCCGAACAAGCGCCGCUCGGGACAUCCAACAAAGACUUCUUGCAAGAAUACGUUGCCAACCUCUUGCAAAAUGCUUUCAAAAACCUUCAGGAGAUACAAAUCAAGCAGUUUGUAGUUGGCUUGUUUACCUUCAAUGAUGACUUCAACAAGUUCAAGACUCAUUUGCGGGAUUUCUUGAUCUCUUUGAAAGAGUUCGCAGGUGAUAAUGCGGAACUUUAUGCAGAGGAAAGAGAGCAGGCUCUGCGGGAUGCGCAGGCAGCAGAACGAGACCGGGCAAUGAGAGUUGGAGGACUUUUGAAGCCGUCUGAAAUGGAUCAGGAGGAUGAGCUCUGA